AUGGAGAAGCCCAACAUGGAUUGGGCUAAGGAUAUACCCUGUAGGAAUAUCAUUAUAUAUGGUUACUGCAAGAAAGAAAAGGAUGGGUGCCCAUUUAAGCAUGACAAUGAAAAAGUGAAAAAGCCAGCCACACUAAGCGCGACAACUGUCUCAACCAUCACUGGGACGAAUAACUCAGUAGCGCAAUCAACUGUUGCAAUUAAAGUACCCUCUGUGUUGAGUAGUACACCGAAGUUUAAUGCGAAAGUUUCAGCAAGCUUUACUCCAAUGUCCUCGAAAAGUAAUAUUAUUAAUGAUGAUGAGAGCAAUUUAAAUGAAGUGACUGGCAAUUCAACUUUAUUUAAUAAACCAUUUUCUGAUCGAGGAACAUCUGCGCAAUUUCCUGCACCCUCGUCUGGUGCGCUAUUCGGUGGACCAACAUUCAAUCCGUACGUCACAGAAAGCUUUACUCCAGCGUCUUCUUCUGGUAAUCAUCUGAACCUUACUGCAGUAAGCAAUGGCUCCACUAGCGAAUUGCAACAUUUAUAUCCCGAGAGCACGGAUGAUGCUUCAAAAAGGCUUGUUGGAAGCGGGGGAGCUUCUGAUUAUAUUGCAGAUCCUCCAAUAUCACGUUCUCCGCCAAUUAAUUUCAAAUUUCCUGACAUAUACCCUCCCUCGCAUAGUCUCUUACAAUACCAUCUUUACGCUCCAGAUCCUCCACCUCAUCUAAAACUUUCGUUGAAACCAAACGAACGAACACCGGAGUCUCUUUUCAUUCCUAACAAACUUCGAGAAGAACUCGUUAAAAAAAACUUAGCAUCACUGCAAGUAUUUCCUUCAGGUGGUGCCAUUCCAGCAGUAGUUCAAGACUACUUUAAUUUGGUGCCAUUAGAUUUCAAUCGAAAAACAGAUGAAAAAAACUCCAACUUAGGGCAUGAAAACUCACUAUACAAGGUUUUUUCUAAUUCGGAUGGUAAUGUGUACCUAUUACGUCGAAUCCAUAAUGUCAAGGUUCAAGAUUCCUCUCUUAUAUCGAGGACUUUUCAAAACUGGAAACAUGUUGAAAGUGCAAACGUAGUGAAACUAGUAGAUCUGUUUCAAACAACCAAGUUUAGCGAUUCUUCUCUUUGUGCUGUUUAUGAUUACUACCCUCUAUCAAGUUCAUUAUAUGAGGCCCACUUCAUCAACUUCCCAUUAACUCCGCUGACUCAAGACUAUUUAUGGUCAUAUCUUGUGCAGCUCACCAACGCCUUACAAGCGGUUCAUUGCAAGGGAUUGGCGUUUGAUACUAUAAAUUGGCAUAAAGUGAUUAUCACGGGUGCUCCAGGAAGGAUCAAAGUCACAGGAAGCGGUCCCUUUGAAGUAUUGAAUUUCAAUAAUAACAAGCCUAAUGACAUUCGUAUUAAUCAACAGAAAAACUUCAGUGAUCUAGGAACGCUACUAAAAGAUCUCUCCUCUAAAAUGUCCCCAGGUAAGUCACCCACGAUCGAAGAGAUGGCGAUCGAUGAUAGUCUCAAAACGGUGCUAAACUAUCUUUUAGAUGACCAAAAUAUGGAAAAAAACAUCAAGCAACUCACCUCCCUAUUUUAUGAUAAAAUUCUAGGCACUCUAGACUCAUCAAUCUCAAUGAUUGACCACACAGAAGGAGUUCUAUCAAAAGAAUUGGAAAAUGGACGCUUGUUCAGGUUGAUGUGCAAACUCAAUUUCAUAUACGGGAGAAUGGAAUCUCGAAUAGAUAUAGAUUGGUCAGAAUCAGGUGCAAACUUCCCCAUUGUAUUAUUUUAUGACUACGUUUUCCACCAAGUCGACGCAUCCGGCAAAAAUACGAUAGAUCUUACACAUGUUCUUAGGUGUUUAAAUAAGCUCGAUGCAGGUGUUCUGGAAAAGAUUGUACUGGCUACACCCGAUGAAAUGAACUGCAUAAUCAUCAGCUAUAAGGAACUUAGGGAUUUGAUAGAUUCUACAUUUAGAUCAAUAAUGGGUCAGUAG